AUGAAUGAGAAUGAUAAGUCAGUCAGGAGUGAGAACUCCAACGUCGAGGAAGACGAAAGCGAGAUGUUUGAGCGGGAACUCGCCGAGGAUGCACAGUGGAAAAGGAUACAGCAAAACACCUUCACGAGAUGGGCGAACAAGCAUCUUAAGUCUAUUAACAAGUACAUUGAUGACUUGGAGUGUGAUUUGUCCGAUGGUUUGAAUCUUGUUAGUCUCCUGGAAGUCCUGUCACAAAAACGGCUGCCUAAACACAACAAAAGGCCCAACUUUAGAUCACAGAAACUUGAAAAUGUCGCUGUUGCUUUGAAAUUCUUGGAUGAUGAAGGAAUACGGAUUGUUAAUAUUGAUUCAUCAGACAUCGUUGACUGCAAGCUGAAACUGAUACUGGGACUAAUAUGGACCCUGAUUCUCCACUAUUCGAUCUCGAUGCCCAUGUGGGAUUACGACGAUACGGAGGAGGCGCAAAAAGGAGCGACUCCCAAGCAGAGAUUGAUGCACUGGAUCCAGGCUAAGUUACCUGAGCUACCGAUAAACAACUUUACAUCUGAUUGGAAUGACGGAAGAGCCGUUGGAGCUCUUGUUGAUGCGGUUGCACCGGGUCUCUGCCCUGACUGGCCUGAUUGGAACCCCAAGGAUGCUGUUCAAAAUGCUUCCGAAGCAAUGAGCCUCGCUGAUGACUGGCUUAAUAUACCUCAGCUAAUUAGCCCAGAAGAAAUGGUCAAUCCUAAUGUCGAUGAGCUGUCUAUGAUGACUUAUUUGUCGCAAUAUCCUAACGCGAAAUUGAAGUCCGGCGCACCUUUACGUGCCCGUACUAAUCCCAACAGAGUUCGUGCUUAUGGACCGGGUAUUGAACCAAAGGGUCCCAUAGUCAGUGCCCCGGCGAACUUCACCGUUGAAACAUUCUCAGCCGGCAAGGGUGACGUCGAAGUAACUGUAGACGAUGCGAUGGGACACAAAUUGCCAGUAGACAUCAGAUUUAACAACGACAGAAAUUUGACGUACUCUGUGUCGUACACACCGAAGACUGAAGGUCCUCACAAGGUUCGUGUGCUCUACGGUGGUCGUGAAAUCCCGAAAAGUCCUUACACUGUCGCAGUUGAAGGUGUUCCUGGUGACCCUAGUAAAGUUACUGCCAGUGGACCUGGUCUGCAGCCCGAUGGUGUCGUAGUAAAUCGACCAACGUACUUUGAUAUUUUUACUAAAGAUGCAGGUCGUGGGGUACCUGAAGUUAUCAUUCUUGAUCCUCAGAGUUCAAAAACAUCUGUACCAGUUAAAUUACGUCAAACAUCACCCGACGUCUGGCGAUGUGAAUACGUCUCACCAAUAACUGGUUUACAUUCGGUGAACGUCUUCUUCGCGGGUAAAUUAAUACCUAAAAGCCCGAUGGGAGUGAACGUCGCGCCAUUGUCAGAUGCUAAAAAAUGCCGCGCUUAUGGUCGCGGUUUAUUAGCCAACGGCGUCAGAGUCAAAGACAUAGCAGACUUUGUAAUAAUCACCAAAGAUGCAGGUGAAGGUAUUCCCGAAGCACGUUGCAUCGGACCUGGAGGUGUCAACUUACCGGUCACCAUAAAUAAAAUCGACGCGAACAACUACAAGUGUCACUACUUGCCAGUCAAAGAAGGAAGACACGUGGUGAUGAUCACCUACGGCGGCAAAGAAAUACCCAAGUCGCCGUUUGAAGUCAAUGUUGGUCCGUACAAAGAGUCCGCUAUCCGCGUAUUCGGUCCUGGACUUAACGGCGGGAUGGUCAAUCAUCCAGCGAGAUUCACUGUUGAUACUAAUGGCGAGACUGGAGCUCUGGGCUUUUCAAUAGAAGGACCGUCUAAAGCCAAAAUCGACUGUCAUGACAAUGGUGACGGAACUGCGGACGUGACUUAUUUACCAACAGCCGCGGGACCCUAUGCUGUUCAUAUUCUUUGUGACAACGAGGACAUUCCAAAGAGCCCGUACAUUGCGAUGAUUCAGCCUGAAGCGGAUUUCCAUCCGGAUAAAGUGGAAGUACAUGGACCGGGUAUUCAACCUGAAGGCGUGGCACGUGAUAAACCCACGCAGUUUAUCGUCGACGCUAGAAAAGCUGGACAAGCUCCACUGGACGUUACUAUUCAAGAUGCAUUGGGACGUGAUGUGCCAGUUAAACUGGAGAAUAAACAUGAUGGUACUGUGCAAGCACACUAUGCACCAACAUCUGGCUCUCAGCAUGUUGUUAUGGUAAAUUAUGGAGGAGUUGCUACAAAAAAAUCACCCUACAGAGUAAAAGUAGCCUCGCCAUUAAACCCAGCGAUGGUUGCUGCAUUUGGUCCCGGUUUGGAGAAAGGAAUAAAAUCAAACACACCCACGCAUUUCAACAUAGAUUGUCGUGAAGCCGGUACCGGAGACCUGGACGUCACUAUGAAGAGUCCAGACGGACAUGACUUACCAAUCUCAUUAACAGACAACGAAGAUGGAACUUACACGGUUGAUUAUGUAGCUCCUGCACCGGGUACAUACACCGUCAACCUUAACUACGGUGGCCUCAAAGUCCCUCAGUGCCCCAUCAAGGUCAACGUUCAACCUCACGUCGACGUGUCCAAAAUCAAAGUCGAGGGGCUUGAACCAACGGCACCAGUCAACAGUCUCCAGCAAUUCCGCGUGAUUACCCAGGACGCUGGCAAGGCAGCAGAUUUCCAAGUAGUAAUAACAACUCCGUCGGGUAAUAGAGUCAAGGCUCAUAUAAUUCCUGCCCACGACGGCUACUUGGUUAAUUUUACGCCGACCGAGCUCGGAGAGUACCUGUUGGGAAUAAGUUUUGGCGGUGAAGCAAUAACAUCAUCGCCUUACCGCUUAAAUUGCGUCCACGGCAGCGAUCCGUCCAAGGUCCGUGCAUCUGGACCGGGUCUUCACCAAGGUCUAGUCUCCAGGCCAGCGGAAUUCGUUAUUGACACCCGGGGUGCAGGGCAGGGUGGCCUCGGUGUCACAGUCGAAGGCCCUUGCGAAGCUGCGAUUAAUUGCCGGGACAACGGCGAUGGCACUUGCUCCGUUGCUUAUUUACCAACCGAACCCGGUGAUUACGGCAUCAAUAUCACCUUCAACGACCGGCAUAUACCCGGAUCGCCAUUUCAAGCCAUCAUCAAGCCCCAAGCGGAUCUCUCCAAGAUCAAGGUCACCGGAAAUGGCAUUAAGCCUCAUGGCCUGGGUGUUAACAUCCCGACAGAAUUCACCAUCGACACGCGAGCUGUACCCAAGACAAACGGCGAUGAUAAUAAAUUAUCCUGCUCGAUUUUAGACCCCAGUGGUGGAAAAAUGGAGAAAAUAAUAACUCCGCAAAAUGAUGGAACUUAUCGCGUUAGUUACACGCCGUUUGAAGAGGGAAGGCACACUAUUGAUAUUCUUUAUGAUAAUGUUCCGGUUCCCGGAUCGCCAUUCUCGGUUAAUGUCAAGAGAGUUUGCGACCCACGGAAAUGCAAAGCCUAUGGUCCAGGAUUGGAAAAAGGAUUUGUUGGUAAAUCUAAUCGAUUUACGGUUGAAACUAGUGAUGCAGGCAAUGGAGGACUAGGUUUAGCAAUUGAAGGUCCAAGUGAAGCUAUCAUGACUUGCACGGACAAUUACGACGGGUCUUGCAGUGUCGAGUACGUACCAACAGAACCCGGUGAAUACGACGUAGCCAUAAAGUUCGACAAGGAAAACAUCCCCGGGUCGCCCUUCAAAGUUCAAGUAGAAAACGGCAUUGAUGCCAAAGAUGUAACUGCUUAUGGACCUGGACUAGAACCUCAGAUGAUCCGCGAAGGAAUCCCCGCGCAAUUUGUCGUAGAUACCAGCAAAUGCGACCCAGCGCAACUGGACAUAAAGUUGAAGACCGACAAAGGCCAGAUGCAGAAGCCUGACAUCAAGCACCGUGGCGACGGAGUCUACGAAGUGACUUAUCAACCCCCUGCUGCUGGAAGCAACAUCCAGGUUGGUGUACUCUACGGGGAUCAAGACAUCCCGGGAAGUCCUUUCAAGUUCCAAGUGAAUCCGACUGUCGAGCCCAAUAAAGUGGUGCUCUCCGGACCAGGAGUCGCUUCAGCGUGCACAGCAUCUUUUCCUGUGGACUUUAUCGUCGAUACUUCCAAAGCUGGCUACGGAGACCUAGAAGUUCAAGUCCUGGGACCCGACCAAGUGCCUCGCAAAGUUGGCAUUCAGAAUAUUGGAGAUGGCAAGUACAAAGCUACGUAUUUGCCUGAUGACUGCGGUCGUUAUAAAGUAAAUGUUAAAUACGGAGGCAAAGAAGUUCCCGGAAGUCCAGUCAGUGUCCAAAGUGUGUCAACUGGUAAAGCUGAUAAGUGUAAAAUCAAAGAGGGCAUUCAGCAAACUUUGGCACAGGGCGAAGAAUACUGCAUCAGUGUGGACACCGAGAAUGCUGGUCGAGGUGCUGUCACAUGUCGCAUUCGUUCGACUUCUGGAAGUGAAGUGGUGGACAUUGAUAUCGAAGAUAAUGGAGAUGGAACAGUAAAUAUUUAUUAUACUGUAGCUGAUGCUGGAGAAUACACCCUUAAUAUUAAAUUUGGUGGUCAGCCAGUGCCAAAUGGCUUCUAUACAUUUACAGCAUCAGAAGAAUACCGUGAACAGAGUCUCCAUAAGACAUCAGGCCGAAGAUCCCACAAAGAACGUGUAAUAGAAAAGCACAGCUCAAGUGUCCAAGAAAGUUCGAGAUUUACACGGCGUAGCACAAACCAGCACGACAGUGCUACUCAAUAUAACUCAAUCCGUCUGAACAGCAUCCCUUUGCCAUCAGGAGACGGUACAGUGACAUCUGAAGUAAAAAUGCCAAGUGGAAACGUUGAUAAGCCAGUAAUCGAAGACAAUCAUGACGGAACUGUUUCUAUAAAGUACGACCCCAGGGAAGAAGGUCUUCAUGAAGUUUAUGUUAAAUUUAAUGGCGAACAUGUUCAAGGUUCACCGUUUAAAUUCCACGUUGACUCUUUGUCGAGCGGUUACGUGACAGCGUACGGUCCAGGUCUAAUUUAUGGAGUAUGUGGAGAGCCUGGAAAUUUCACAAUUUCGACCAAGGGAGCUGGUGCUGGAGGCUUGUCAUUGGCCGUUGAAGGACCUAGCAAGGCUGAAAUUUCUUGUCAUGAUAACAAAGAUGGUACUGUGUCGGUGUCUUAUCUGCCAACAGCUCCCGGAGAGUACAAAAUAUCGGUUAAGUUUGGCGAUAAGCCAAUUAAAGGCAGUCCUUAUGUUGCUAAAAUAACUGGUGAAGGUCGUAAAAGAAAUCAAAUAUCAGUAGGAUCAUCAAGUGAAGUUCAAUUACCAGGAAAAGUAACAGACGCUGAUAUCCGUUCAUUGAACGGAUCAAUAACAGCACCAAGUGGUCUAGAAGAGCCUUGUUUCCUGAAGAAGAUGCCAAGUGGUAACAUAUGCGUGUCAUUUACACCUCGCGAGGCUGGUGAACACGUCGUCGCCGUAAAGCGAAUGGGCAAACACAUCCAGAACUCUCCCUUCAAAAUAGACGUUAAGGAUCGUGAGGUCGGUGACGCCAAGAAAGUUAAAGUAUCUGGUAACGCACUGAAAGAAGGCCAGACUCACGUGGAGAAUACAUUUUCCAUCGACACCCGCAAUGCCGGAUUCGGAGGACUGUCUCUGUCUAUGGAGGGUCCCAGCAAGGCUGAAAUCCAGUGCAAGGACAACACUGACGGGACUCUCAAUGUCUCCUACAAGCCCACUGAGCCAGGUUAUUACAUAAUGAACCUUAAAUUCGCGGACCAUCACGUCGAGGGCUCGCCUUUUACCGUGAAAGUCAGCGGUGAAGGCAGCAACCGCCAGCGAGAGAAAAUCCAGAGACGCAGAGAAGCAGUUCCGAUUACUGAGGUCGGCAGUCAGUGCAAGCUGACCUUCAAGAUGCCGGGAAUCACCAACUUUGACCUGACAGCGACUGUCACCUCCCCCGGAGGCGUCACUGAGGACGCAGAGAUCAAGGAAGUCGAAGACGGACUCUACGCGGUUGCUUUCGUCCCCAAAGAACUCGGCGUUCACACCGUCUCGGUUCGGUACAAGGAGAUGCACAUUCCUGGAUCUCCGUUCCAGUUCACAGUGGGACCGCUCAAGGAUGGUGGCGCUCACCGAGUCCAUGCUGGAGGUCCUGGUCUUGAAAGAGGCGAGCAGGGUGAACCUUGCGAGUUCAACAUCUGGACUCGCGAAGCUGGAGCUGGUACUUUGGCUAUCUCUGUUGAAGGGCCCAGUAAAGCGCUUAUUGAUUUUAAGGAUCGUAAAGAUGGAAGCUGUUAUGUCAGUUACACUGUUUCUGAACCAGGUGAUUACAGAGUGGGAAUAAAAUUCAACGACCAGCAUAUACCCGAUUCGCCACACAAACUUUACAUAUCACCGGCAGCUGGUGAUGCUCACAAAUUAGAAGUUGCUCAAUUUCCAGAUCAAGGUGUUCAGCCAGAUAAUCCAGCUACAUUUUUAGUGCGUAAUAAUGGCGCUAAAGGACAACUUGAUGGCAAGAUUGUAUCACCAAGUGGAGUAGAGGACGACUGCUUCAUCCAAGCAAUAGACUCUGAAGAGUACUCGGUAAGAUUUAUGCCCCGCGAGAACGGAAUCCACAAUAUCCAUCUGAAGUUCAACGGCGUGCACAUCAACGGCAGCCCGUUCCGUGUAAAGGUUGGUAAAGUUGACGCCGACCCCGCGGCCAUCCACGCCUACGGUAACGGUCUCAAAGAGAUCAAGACCGGACAGAAAACCGACUUCAUUGUCGACACCUGCAAUGCUGGUCAUGGAGCGCUUGCUGUCACUGUCGAUGGACCCAGCAAGGUUGCGAUGGACUGUACUGAGGUCGAGGAGGGCUACAAAGUUAGGUACACUCCUUUGGUACCUGGGGAUUACUAUAUCAGCAUCAAGUACAAUGGAUAUCAUAUCGCUGGCUCACCUUACAAAGUUACAGCGACUGGUCAAGAUUUAGCGGAACGAGGAGCUCAGGAGACAAGUUCAAUUGUUGUAGAGACAGUUCAAAAAUUCUCAAAAGCGAAACAAACUGGUCCAGUAUUACCGCGCUUUAAAUCUGAUGCUAGUAAAGUUACAAGCAAGGGUAUGGGGUUGAAGAAAGCUUACAUAGGAAAGCAAAAUCAAUUCAGUGUUAGCGCUGGUGAUGCUGGAAGUAAUAUAUUGUACGUUGGAGUUUACGGACCAAAAGGACCCUGUGAAGAAGUUUUCGUAAAGCAUGUCGGCCGCAAUAAUUAUAACGUCAGUUACCUCGUGCGUGAACGGGGCGAAUACAUAAGACACGAUAAACAUAUAAUAGCGAGUCGAAAUUUAAGUCGUAAAUUCAACGUGUUGAACGUUUAA